GAGAGGGACACUGAUUACUUCCUUGUUGCUUGCUUUUUAACAGACGUCUACACUGACCAAUCAGAUAUCACAGUGCGUACUUAGGGCGUGUAGAGAUACUGAACGCGGGAAUCAAAAAGUUGCGGAAAGUUGCCUGACUGUUGUCAUUCUGUGGAAAUGUAAAAAUAUGUGAUUGUACUGCCAUGGUUAGCUUCGUGAGCAUCUCAGUGUCUAUUACCAGAGGAGCGACAAAUUAGUUGUCAUGGCUGCCAUUUUGGAGGCAGUAUUUAGAAGGCAUGGUUGUUCUACUACAACCUCUUCAGGAGACGCGAGCGUGUUGUGUCACAGCUCUACCGAAUGUAGUUCGGUGGUCGUCGUUGGAGAGCGAGGCGUCAGCAGUGCGUUGUUAUUCCUGACAGCAGUGACAGCUGCCACAGAACUUGGCCAUAGAGUUAUGUUUUACACCCAUACUGCCAUUCAAAAGUUUCCAAUCCCAGUUAAGGAGUCCGUGACUAGCUUGAAACCAGACAGUCUGAAGAAAAUCCAGUUUGUGUACCCCAGAUCCUUAGAGGAUCUGCUACUGAACGUGGCCUCCUUACAUGAGCAGGCCUCAGGGGCAGCUGCUGCCCCGUCUCUAGUGCUGGUGGACGGGCUGGACGCUUACCUGCGUGGGAUGGGCGAAGGUGCCAGAGGACCUCAGAGAGAGGAGAUGAGUGCCACAGCGCACCUGGCAGCUCUGCUGACCGACACGUCCUCCUUUUUCAACCCCAUGCAUGAGAAAGCGGAGGCGAGUAGAGGUACGGAUAGGGGUGCUGCGCUUCCGUGCCGUGUCAUCGUGUCCUUCCACUCUGACUGGGAAGCAGCGACUACUGAUCCUGUGUUGUCGGUGCUAGAUCGUUACAUACCAACACGCUGCACCUUGGUUCAGGACUUGCGUUCCAUGGCUGGUGGGGAUGAGUUACUGCAUGAUUGGCAGGUGCAUCUCUCUGGGGCAGGGGUUAGUCCUGGGGCUGCCAACAGACUGCAGUGGCAUUUAGCUGUUCAUGCCAAUGGUGCUAUGAAGUUUUCUCUAACCAGCAAACUGAGAGAGCCUAGAGACUCAGACCAGCAAAGGGAAGGGGUUCAAAAUCAGUUGCAUUCUACAUAGUAUUAAACUCCCCCUCUUUCCUGUUAAAUGGAAGACUGAAGAGGUAGCGAAAUAUGUAUGUAUAUAUAUAUAUAUAUGUAUGUAUAUAUAUACACUGUAUAUUAGAGAGAGAGAGAGAGAGACUAAAGUUAAAGGAAAAAAGUGUUUGUUUAGGUGAAAACUUAUUGUCAUCAGCAAUAUUGUCGUCUGCUAUUACACAAAGAAAAGAAGACACAAUUAAUUGGGAUGAAGUUUAUGUAUUGUAAGUAUAAAAAUGGUUCAGUGUGUUUACAUCUGACAGUCUUUGUCUGUAUAGAAUAAUAAGUUAUUUACACAAAUAUCAUUCUUUGAAACAGUUUUAAAACAAAUUAAAAUGUUAGAAUGUAAGAAAAGUACAUAUUUAUAGAAAGUACAAUAAUUCCAUGUGAUAAAAUUACCAAAAAAACUGACAAGAGAAUUCACAAACAUUCUGUUGAUCAUAGUCCUGUUUCGUUUUACUUGCAGUGUGUGGUACUAUGAUAUUUGUUUAUAAAUUGAUAUUUAUAUUUACAUGUUUUGUGUUAUUCAAUACAACAGUCACAAGAGACAUGUCUUAGAUCACAAGUCUACAUGAAGGUGAACAUGAAGGAGGUUAACUAACUGAAAGCUUUGGUCUGGCCCUCAAGAAAAAAGAGAAGGCAGAGCUACUUACAGAGUUAUUCAUAUAGUGUAUUUCUGGAUAUGAAACAAAAUUACAUACAAAUAUAUUGAAUGAAAUAUCACAUGACACAACAAGGUAAAAAAAUCUUGACAAAAUAAACACAGUUUUUACUGCAAAUUUGCAAAAUUCAAACUGGCAUCCUCUGGAGAUACUUGCUAGCUAUUGGCUACUGAGAGAAUGCCUUGAAAUAUUUUUGAAUGUCUCCAGGGUCAAGGCAAAUAAAUGUCUUUGAAAACAACAUUACA